UGGGAGCGCUGGGUAGGCAGCGGGUGGCUGCUGCUCCUCUGGGAAGCAGCGAGUGACCACCACGACCAAACGGGGAGAGCCUAGGGAGUGGGAGUCCAGGGCUGCGUCUGGGCAGUCUGGAAUAAUUAAGCGGUAGGACCGUCGCACGGCUCCAGGGAGCUGGGUGGGAGGGAUUUUGGAAGUCUGGACAGCCCAGAACAAGGAGCCAAGGGUACGGGAGUUUAGGUGUGCGGACAUUGCGGGUCGGGCUUGGGGGGCGGCUGGGGGGUACUGAGUGGGAGAUCUUGGUUUGGAGUUUUCUGCAUUCUUGCCCCCGUUGGGUAGAAUCACACUACUCACCUUUGUGCAAGAAACGGUGUCUCCUGGGGCAAGGAAGGAGCCAGGAUGGCCUGGGCUCUGAAGCUGCCUCUGGCGGAUGAAGUGAUUGAAUCCGGGCUGGUGCAGGACUUUGAUGCUAGUCUCUCGGGGAUCGGCCAGGAACUGGGUGCUGGUGCCUAUAGCAUGAGUGAUGUCCUCGCAUUACCCAUUUUUAAGCAAGAAGAGUCAAGUUUGCCUCCUGAUAAUGAGAAUAAAAUCCUACCUUUUCAGUAUGUGCUUUGCGCUGCCACUUCUCCAGCAGUGAAACUCCAUGAUGAAACCCUGACAUAUCUCAAUCAAGGACAGUCUUAUGAAAUCCGAAUGCUAGAUAAUAGGAAACUUGGAGAACUUCCAGAAAUUAAUGGCAAGUUGGUGAAGAGUAUAUUCCGUGUAGUGUUCCACGACAGGCGACUACAAUACACUGAACACCAGCAGCUGGAGGGCUGGAGGUGGAACCGACCUGGAGAUAGAAUUCUUGACAUAGAUAUCCCAAUGUCUGUGGGUAUAAUCGAUCCUAGGGCUAAUCCAAACCAACUAAAUACAGUGGAGUUCCUGUGGGACCCUGCAAAGAGGACAUCUGUGUUUAUUCAGGUGCAUUGCAUUAGCACAGAGUUCACCAUGAGGAAACACGGUGGAGAAAAGGGAGUGCCAUUCCGAGUACAAAUCGAUACCUUCAAGGAGAACGAGAACGGGGAAUAUACUGAGCACUUACACUCAGCCAGCUGCCAGAUCAAAGUCUUCAAGCCCAAAGGUGCAGACAGAAAGCAAAAAACAGAUAGGGAGAAAAUGGAAAAACGAACACCUCAUGAAAAGGAGAAAUAUCAACCGUCCUAUGAGACAACUAUACUCACAGAGUGUUCUCCAUGGCCCGAAAUCACUUAUGUCAAUAAUUCUCCAUCACCUGGCUUCAACAGUUCCCACAGCAGUUUUUCUCUUGGGGAAGGAAAUGGUUCACCAAACCACCAGCCAGAGCCGCCCCCUCCAGUAACAGAUAACCUCUUGCCAACAACCACACCUCAGGAAGCUCAGCAGUGGUUGCAUCGAAACCGUUUUUCUACAUUCACAAGGCUUUUUACAAACUUCUCAGGGGCAGAUUUAUUGAAACUAACUAGAGACGAUGUGAUCCAAAUCUGUGGCCCUGCAGAUGGAAUCAGACUUUUUAAUGCAUUAAAAGGACGGAUGGUGCGCCCAAGGCUAACCAUUUAUGUUUGUCAGGAAUCCUUGCAGUUGCGGGAGCAGCAGCAGCAGCAGCAGCAGCAGCAGCAGAAGCAUGAGGAUGGAGACUCCAAUGGUACUUUCUUCGUGUACCAUGCCAUUUAUCUGGAAGAACUGACAGCUGUUGAACUGACAGAGAAAAUUGCUCAGCUUUUCAGCAUUUCCCCUUGCCAGAUCAGCCAGAUCUACAAGCAGGGGCCGACGGGCAUCCAUGUGCUCAUUAGCGAUGAGAUGAUACAGAACUUUCAGGAAGAAGCCUGUUUUAUUCUGGACACAAUGAAAGAAACCAGUGAUAGCUAUCAUAUUAUACUGAAGUAGGUGUGAGGCAUUCCAUUGUCAGUGGCUGCUGCUUCCAUCACUUCUUGGAAACUCCCCACUUGAAGGGGUCGCAAAUGGAGAUUUGAAGGUCUGCAGGAACCCUACCCAGGGGAGACAAGGCCACGGAGGCAGACUCCCAGCCAUCUGUCUUGGCCCAAGCUCUUGUGGCACCCACAGAUUACUGCCCAACAUGCAUUUCUGCAGCUAUCUCUUAGUUAAAAUUUCUGGACCCUGUUGUUGUUGAAUAUCAGUAGAAACUCCACAUCAUUUGGGGUGUUAUGUAGGGCAUAAUAAUGAUGAGAAUUGUGUGAUGUUUAAUGGAAAGAUGUUAAAUUUUAUGAUAUGGAGCCGUGUAAUUUUUUUCUAAUAUAAAAGUGAACAUCUAUAUUCAUAAAACUAGAUCCUCAAUCUCUUUGGCAUCAAACAUAUUGGCUUUUCACUACAAUUGGCCUCUGAAAACCUCAUCAAAGAGAGAAAUACAGAGAUAGAAUAUAAUUUUUCUUUUGGUUCCCCUGUAAUUCUCUAAUAGUAAUUUUAGCUAACAUUUAUGGAGCAUUUAUUUGUUCCAGGCAGGGCGAUAAAUUCUUUAAAUGGAUUAUCUUGUUUAAAUCCUCUUUAUGAUCUUGUAUGAAGUAGGUGAUAAUGAUCCCUAAUUGAAGAGGAAAUGGAGACCGGUAGUAAAGUAGCUUGCUAAGUAACAAGCAGCUAGCAGGUAGUGAUGCUGAAAUCCAACCCAGGCAGGCUGGCUCUUAUUAAUCGCCAUCCAUUACUGCCACCCUUAAGAGCCCUGUUCUUGCCAUCUUCUCUUACUGUGACUCCUCUGGUGAGUAGGACAUAACAUUGAAUGAGAACUGAGGAAUCAACCACUGAAAAGGACAAACCACACCUAAAUAAUGAUGAACAAAUCAAGGCCCACAAAACAGAUGCUUUGUAAGCAUCAUCAGUUACCAGAUCACAGAGUUUGAGGAGGUGAAAACUAGGGAUUUUCUGUAAUUUCCAAUGGUCACUGUUCUCGAAUGACCUUCUCAAACUAUUUAUUAAUGAGAUAGGCUAACCCCUGCUUUCUCUUUCCCCUCUCUGCAUCUGCUCAUGGUAUAUAGAAAGUUCUUUUACUCAUGGAGUGUUCUUUUAUUUAAGCUUUACAAGAAAUUCAUUCCAAUUCCGUUCACAUUCUUACUAUAUAUUUUUGUUCUUCCUUAAAGAAUGAGUGUGUGUGUGUGUGUGUGUGUGUGUGUACGUACGUGUAUGUACGUAUAUGUGUAAGACUAUGGGUCUUCUUUUUUCACAUGUAAAGUUUUACCCAGAAAUCCCUUUACACGUUAUGUUGAGGUGAAAAAAGGUAUGUUCAAAGAUCAUGUAUUGGAUUUAGAUCUCUGUGUGUGUGUUUUUAAAGCAUUUGAUAAAGUUUAAAUGUUUUUAUACAGAGAUUUUUGUUCAUUAAAAUCAACCUGCAACAUGGUCUGAUUUCUUUUGGUUGGAAACAAAGUGAAGACUUUGAAACUGAAAAUUAAGUCAAAUAACUUGUUUAAAACUAACCUGGGCAACUUGAAUAUUAGGCCAAAAUAUGUUUUCAGUCAAUGAUUACCAGGUGUCCCCGUUUUAGGGGGACAUUUCUAGUUAUAUUCCUAGGACUGGUUCUCAUCUUCGGGGAAGUCCAGCUCUCUCCUCAGCAGGCUCCUAUUAAUUUUGUUUUUUUCCCUUUUCUGUCUGAAUGUUAGGCAGGGAGGGUUGGACUACAUGACUUUUAAGGUCCCUUCUAAAUCUGAAUCUGUGAUUCUUGUUUAUUGCAAAUGAUACAUAGAAUUCUAUUAAUAUAUUUACACUUAGUAAUUUUGAUUUGGAGUUAAGGAUUUUUUUUUAGAGUAGUCUUCAAAUUUAUAGAAAUGAAUUUAUACAAGUUUGUAAUCACAGAUCUUUAAAUUAAUCAGAAAAUCUCUUAGGCUUUUUUUAGCUCUAAAAAAUACUUACAUUGCCACUGCUAUAUAAUUGGUAAGAACGGGUAUAGUGAUAGAACAUUGUGAUUAUUCAGCUUGCUUUAAAAAUUGGAUCUGUUCACUACUGAUCCUUUCAAUUACACAAAAGUUUAAAACUAGGUUUUUCAUUAUGAAAGUAAUAUACGAAGUGACAAAUUCAAACAAUAAAGAAGGGUAUUACUAUAUCUACUUACCUCCUAGUCCAACUCUACAGAGGUAAUCAUUGCAAAAAGGGUUUCUCCCCCCAUAUCUGUCUGUCUGUCUAUCUGUCUCUCUCGCUUGUUCACUCUCUGACACACACACACACACACACACACACACACACACUCAGUGGGCUCAUGUAACACUAAUGAUCUACAAUUUGCUUUUUGUGUUUAACAUAUCGACUAUCUAUAUUAGAAUUGAUAGUUCUACAUCAUUUUUUAAAAACGGUCAUUCCCUGUGAUGCCAUUUAGGUCUUCAUUUGAACCUGUAUCUUCAUAAUUUUUUGCACGUAUCUCUAAGAUAUAUUCCUAGAAGUAAAAUCUGCUAGAUUUUACCUUUUUAGCAAUGUGACAUUUGAUAUUUACAACAAAGUAGAUGGUUUACUGUUUCUGUUAGAGUGAGGGUAUGUGAGAAGGAGAAUGGUUAGAUUUUAGGCCCUCCUGAGAAGUAGAGUAGCAGCCUGUUUGACUUAGCAUUAUUUGUACUGUUCCCUUGAAGUAUAAUAGGGUCCAUCUAGAACAAUCUGCUGUAUAAAGACUGGAUAGUUAAAAGGGAGUGAUUGGGAAAUAAAAAGGAGUUCAUUGCAGAACUCUGAGGAUUGAGCAGUAGUUGCUACAUGAAAUAUGGCUAUUAAGUAAUAAGAUUGUCCAAUAUUAUGGCCCAAUAAGAAUGUAUGCCCACAUAAAUGAUUUCUUUAAGAGGCCGUUUAAAGGGAGGGGAAAUGGGAAUGGUGAUCUUGUCUGGAAAGAGAUUACAGUACAACGAAUACAAGGCCACUAGAGACUGAAAGAUCUGAGAAAGGUCCACAUGAGGGGGCAGAUGUUCUAAUUCCUGGAAGUCAGGCACUGUCAGGCUCUGGGUGUAUUGUGAGGAUAUAUCAUGAGCUCCCCACUGAUUUGGAGGAGCAUGGGGAGGGAGGGUUGGCGUAUGGAACUAUAGCCAUUUCUAAUUUAUGCCUUAUGAAGGAGUAUUCUGAAGAAAACCAUUUGUAUCCCCAAGUAUUCUGAGAAAACCUUUUGCAUAGGGUUGCUGCAGAAAUUUGGGCUGUCUUGAAUGAUUGAAUGAAACUUCUGCAUUCAGUUUUGAAAGUAACACAAGUUUGGGGUGCAAAUCUUUGAAGUCAGGACUGAGCCUCUUCCCUCUUCACUGUAGCUUUUUCAAAACUGGCCAGUACCUAACAAUGCCAGAUACCUUAUGACUAGAGAGCUAAAGUUGAGCCAUUGAAUCAUUUUUCUGAAUUGUUAGUUGGCUUCCUUGGCCAUGGAUGGUUCCUCUCUAGGAAUUUGAUCUGUUAUUGCCUCUACUGGUUUGUUAGAAGAACUCCAAUCUCAACAGGAACGGCACAAAUGCCCCACCUAGCUGCAUAAUUUAUAUACUAACUCAUAGUGUAAUCCUGCAUCGUUCUGCUGCUGCUCCUAAAAAUGCUCUGUUUUCUUAGUUGUGGGCUAACGCUUUUCUUCUAGAACACUUAUUUUUAAUUUGUGAUUAAGUUUUGGUUUCAUUAUAUGAGCUCCAAGGCUUAAAUGAGGAAGAAUUUAUUACCACUGCAAAAUGGAAUGAGCUGGAAACGAUGCCCUAUGUGGUGUGAGAUUAAUGCCAUCAGCACCUUUUUUUGUAUAAUUAAUAUUUUAUUCCCCCCCCUUUUUAUUUUUACUUUUUAAUGAUCUUGUAUUUUACCUUUGACUUUCAACUUCCAUCUAUUUCUACUUCCUCCUUGUUCUUGCGUCUUUUCACUUCCAGAUCUCUGUGUUGUUCCUUAUGAGUAUAGGCCUCUUGAACAAGUUAUCUUGGAAAUUGCAACUAAGUCUAACAUUUGUAUUCUCAAAUUCAGAGAUUUGAAAGUUACAUAUGAAUUAAGUUUUCAGUUGGAUUAAUGUCAAUUAUAAGGGAACUUGCUAUUUAAAAAUACUAGUGCAUUAUUGUACUAUUUUGUACUGUAUGGAAUCUUUUAGGAACUAGUUUAUUAUGUGAAUCUGUGUUUUCAUAUUUGCAUAAAAUGAGAUGCACAUUCCUCAGUCACUGCAAAAUCCUGUUUUCUUUCUGAAUUCUAAUGUCUGAUUUUUCAUUUAAGGAUUUAGAUAGUAUCUUUCUCUAGACACCUUUGUAACUUAUAUAGAUAGUAUCUUUCUCUGAACAUCUUUAUAACUUUGCGUUAGACUUUCACUCACCUCCUUUAGGCUUAUUAAGCUUGCCCUCUCUAAACUCACCACUGCCGUCCAUCCCCUCAAACCUGGUUGUUUCUUUCCCUUUUUAAUAGGCAGAGUGUGUGUCAGGACUGAGCCUCUCAGUGUGUGUUAUACGUAUAUGUAGAUCAAUCUGUAUGUCCUUUUUGAAAUCUUUGAUAAAACACAGCUU